ACUCUUUGCAAAUAUAUAUUGAAAAUGAGCAAACAAUAUGGUACUGCGCACAAUACGGCCUCAAGCAGGCACAGUCAAAGACAUCCGAUACCGAAUCAGAGAGCCCAAGUUCCUGACCCACGUGUAGAAACCCUUCGUAAAGGGCUCGCUAUGAACGCAGGCGGCCAAAGGCAUUUCCAACAUGAACAUCCUUGUCAACGUCAAACUCAGACCCAGGAUCAAAUGCAACUACAACGGCCUGCAGAAGCAAGCAAACAAAUGCUGUACGGCACAUUUAGUAACUUGCUCACCACUCUGGAAGAGUUCGAGGAAAGGGAAUUAGACCGAAAGGGAAUGCAACAUCGUUUUCGAAGGUCACACAUAUCCAUUCCGGAUCAGAGACACAAACGUUAUGAAGACGUGAAAUGCAAUGUUGAAACGCAACUACUUCUGUUUGAAACACAAACUAAGGCUUGUCCUACAAAAGUAAGGGAGGCACUUCACGAGGAACUUAAACGGAGAACUCUAGGAUGGGUAGCAGUACGAGCUGAAUUAAGCAUACAAAAUAUUCAAGAAACUGACCGUUAUAUAGCGAAGUUGUAUGAAAUUCUGGUAAAGGGCAGAACGGAUCAUAAGGAGCCUUCAGGGCGUGUGACUGAGGGUGCGAUGCGUGAAACCUUUCAAGCAUUCCUCUAUGGUGACCAUGACAGGGAGAUGUUGGACAGGUCAUUCAGGAAUGACAGGGAUAAGAAAGCAAAAGCACCUGAUACAAGACAAGGCGAAAUGCUUGAAGAAGGGGCAAAAAGAAUCUCUCGCGCUUAUGGAAAUUCUGGACUUGAUGAAAACCUUCGACAGGAUUUGGAAAUGUUCACGAACUACGGACCAGGAAGCCUGAGAUAAAAAACCAUGUAAUGCAAACUAUAACAGCAGAGUACAAACAAUCAUAUACAAUUAAAACAUAUGUAUAUGCAUGUUGAAAAUAUUUUUACUGAAGAAUCAGCUUAUUAGUAACUUUCAGAGGACCUGGUAUUGAUCGACAAUGUGCAUGACGUUUGUAUUAAUUACCAUAACGUCAAAAUUAACGUCUCUGAAACAAUUAAUAAUAAACAACUCGGUUUUAUACAACGUUUAUACACAUUUUACUAUCAAUAACUAUCGUUUUCAAGGACCCAUGUAUCUUGGGUCUUAUGACUUUGUCAUCACUGCUUUAUUAUUGGUCUGUUUUUCUGCUAGUCAACGUUUAUUUGGCGCGUUAUAGUUUGUUUUACGCUAUGGUAACGUAACGUCAUAGCCGUAGUAGUAUUAUUAUUGAGAAAGCAAUGAACAUGGUCGAAAUGUGAUGUGAUCAUCUCAGAACAUUUAUGCUUGACAAAGGCGAAUAAAGCCGAAACGUUGUAUAAAACAGAGUUGUUUAUUAUAAUUUAAUUGAUAUCAUCAAUCCCUUUGGAUUUUGUAUUUACUGUCUCUGAAACAUUUAUUGUGUGAUUUGUUUUGUGUAAAUGUGCUAUUAUAUUAAUACAAGGUGUAAAUAAGCUCAGACCUGACUGCCUUCUCUUCGUUCUAAUAUAAAGACACUAAUGUUGCACAAAAUUACAUUUUUAAGUAAUUUGAUAAUGAUCUAAUGCUUCUCUUCCGUCAACAUUAAUUGACCAGUCGUUUAAAAUGCACACUAUUGACUGAGCCUAUACUAUUGCCUGUGUAGCAAAUAUGAGCUUAUUCAAAAGAUUGUAUGUUUUCUGUACGUACUCAUCCCUCAAUAUGUCAGUACCUAAGUGGCAUUGCAGAUAUCAGUCUCAGGUUUUUAGGGUUGCUGUAAUAUUCAUCCUGUUCUCUAGAUCGGAAUGCUUGACUCCUGACCGUGUGGUUAUGAUUACAAAUCCUGGAUUAUAAUGUAAUUUGACCGUGAAUUUCAAAAGUUUUUUAUAAGCACAAAUAAUGACCUUAAUAUCAUUAAGCAGACAUCAACCGCAAAAAUCAGUUGUAUGAAAGUUUUCUACAAACGAUGUAAAAGAAAUAGGUUUGAAUGUAUAAUUGUACCCUCCCCCGAACAAAGAGGUUGUAAUGGGGGAAAACUGGUUUCAUGUUGUCUGUCUGUCCGUCUGUCCGUAGACACAAUAUUGUGCGCACCAACUUUCCUCAUUCCCUUCACACAAUUUAAUGAAACUUCACACAACUGAUCAGUAACAAUAGUUGUGCAUGGUGCAUGUUAGGUUCUUUCAGAAAAAAAUGCAGAUUUACAGGGCAUUGUUUUUGUUACUAUACUAAAUACAUAGAGUCUGUAUAUGCUUCAUUGUGUGCACCUAAUCUCCUGAACCAAAGCACACAAUAUGAUGAAACUUAAUUAACAAAAGUGACCAGUAGUAACCCUAGUUGUACAUGGUGCAUGUUAGGUUCUUUCAGAAAACAAUUCUGAAAAGUUAUGAGACUUUAUGUUUUGAUAAAAUCUUAUUUACAUCGAGCCUGCAUAUGCAAUCAUAUGCGUGCCUAAUCUCCCAAACCCUGACAAACAAUUUAAUGAAACUUCAUACAAGUGAUCAGUACCAAACCUAGUUGUACAUGGUGCAUGUUUCGUUUUUGUUUUGAUAAAUAUUCUGCAGAGAUAUGGGAAUCUGUUUUUUGUUACUAUAUUAUAUAUGCAAUGUUGUGCGCGCCUAAUCUCCUGAACCAGUGCGCACAAUUUAAUGAAACUUCACAUUAGUGAUCAGUACAAACCUAACUUAUGCAUGGUGCAUGUUAGGUUCUUUCAGUUACGGGACCUUUAACAUGCUAUAUACAUAGAGUCUAUAUAAAUACUGUCCACAUAAUUAUGCAAUCUUGUUCGUGUGUCAGCUUGCAAUGUACUGUGUCAGUGCGUGCAGUGGUGUACAUUCAUCCCCUUCAGUGAUUAAAAAUAGUUUAAUUAAACAUAAAAGAAAAUAUAUGUGUCUUAAGCAAGUUUGGUUUGUAUGAAAUCGUGUCUUGCAUACAUGUAGACUUCUUUCAAAAUCAUUUGAAAGGUUCCGUACCUCUGCUACAUCAGCAAUAGACUUAAGAUUAGAGGAAAACAUUUGAUGAUUUCUCCUUGUAACACACGCAAUUUGGUCUAUAUCAUUCUUGUAUACACAUUUCUUAAGAUAACUUUUCUUAAGCUGAGAGCAAGAAGGUGCAAAAAAGCGGUACUGAGUGCGGUACAUAAUGACCAAGGGAGCGAUAGAGGCUCUCUAUGCCACUUGUUUAUAAAUACAUUCAGUCUGGAUGAAAAUAGAUAAUGUCAUUAAGUACUAUUUGAAAAGUAAAAUGGAACUUUAUGAUACAAUUAAUCUACGACCGAAUCUGUUACUGUGUUGGUGAUGGGCUAUUUAAAGGACAACAAAUGAGAUUUAAAAAAUAUACUUGGUCUAGUAAAACGGAUGUGAAUAAAAUUUAUAACUUGA